AUGGCCACUCCAGUCCUGCUGCUACGUGCACCUACAUCUCCUCCCGAGACCGAUCGAUACGAAACGGCAUUGCGUAGUGCAGGGUUCCAUCCUGUCUCUGUACCUGUCCUGGAAACUGCGUUCGCGAACAUCCAUGGUCUAAGUGAGCUUUUAGCGGCGGGUCCUCAAGAUGUUGGAGGUGUUAUCGUGACGAGUGCUAGGGCAGCCGAGGCUUGGGCAAAUGCAGUAGAAAGCGUAGCGCAUUUGGGUAACGGGGAUGAAGCUAACUGGACUGCCAUGCCGUUCUACGCCGUCGGUGCUGCCACAGCUGACAGCCUCUCCUCGAUCUCAUCAUCAUCGCGACCCUUGUUAUGUCCCAAAGAUAUAAGAGGGGCGGCGGAAUCAGGUACUGCGGAACUUCUGGCUCAUUUCAUCCUGUCCGACCUUGACACAUCUGCCCCCGGGACAAAGCUACUGUACCUGACAGGGGAUAAGAAUAGAGAGACUUUGCCGGGCAUACUGAAGAGCGGUGGGGUAGAGCUGAUGGGUUUGCAAGUGUAUGCAACGCAAGGAUCGAAGACAUUCCGGACAGACCUAGAGGAAGCGCUUCGAAGAUUUCGAGCAGCCACCACACCUUGGUGGGUCACGUUCUUUGCGCCCUCUGCUGCUGCCUAUGUCGUGCCUAUUUUGCGCGCAUAUUUCCUAUUGUCGACUUCGUCUCGUCCAAGCGGAGACAUUGAAGGCAGCUCAGGGAAGAAAUCUGCUAGGAUAGCCGCUAUUGGACCAACAACAUCAGAAUUCCUUGACGGUCAGCUCGGCUUACUCGUAGAAGUUGUACCCCAGAGACCUAGCGCCGAAGAACUGACCAAAGCGCUCCGUACUGAGGUGCCGUAA